AUGAUAGGGGGAAUUUUCCCGGUUUUCAACAAAGAAAUAAGUGGCACUCCUACCUUCGAGAGAGAGGCGCCGAGGGUUAGUUACUUCUCAACGUGUGCCUGUCUGAGUAACCGAGCAAAAUAUCCAACAUUUUUUCGGACAAUCCCCAGCGACUAUUUCCAGGCAAAAGCUCUGGCAGCACUUGUAGAACAUUUUGGCUGGCAGUGGAUCGGGGUUAUACAGUCAGACAAUGACUACGGGCGAGGUGGGAUUCAGGCUUUUACUGAGGAGGUUAAGAAGCUUGGGGUUUGUAUAGCAUUUGUCGGCACAGUCCUACGGACAUAUACGAUGGAUAAAAUUCUGGAUGUUGUGGAAAUGAUCAAGCUGUCAACUGUCAAAGUCAUUCUUGCUUUUGUUCCAGAGGGUGACUUUUACCCUUUGAUGAAGGAGGUUGUGAAACAAAACAUUACAGGAAUUCAGUGGAUUGCCAGCGAGGCCUGGAUAACAGCAGAUCGACCCUCAACACCCGAUAUGUAUCAAGUGUUUGGGGGAGCCCUAGGAUUUGUGGUGCAGAAGAUGGCUAUUCCAAAUCUAGAACAGUUUCUAAGAGGCAUUAGCCCUUAUACUGAUCCAAGCACAGCCUUUGUGAGGGAUUUCUGGGAACUUAUGGUCGGCUGUCAUCCUCUCUUACCUGGGGACCAAACAGGGACUGAGGCGACCAAGGAAAAAUGCACAGGCUAUGAGACAUUAUUGAAUUCCCAGGACGAUUUCUUCAAUGUCACACAACUCAGAGUGUCCUACAACGUGCAUAAAGCCGUUUAUGCGAUUGCACAUGCCCUACAUCAGCUGUUAUUCUGUCAACCAGUUGGAGAAAACACAGUGAGGUCAUGUUUGAAUUUAUCAGAAAUUCAGCCCAAAGAGGUGAGAAAUAAUGCUUAACUGCUUAAGAAUAUUUGUAUAGUUAUCUUGUUAACAUGAAAAUGGGUGAUAAAUAAUCUUCUUUUUCUCAGGUCACUGAUCACUUACAACGGGUGAAUUUUAAGAAUCAGUUUGGGGAUAAUGUGUUUUUUGAUGUCAACGGUGACCCCCCUGCCUUUUAUGAUAUUAUUAACUGGCAACUUAUAGAUGGGCAGGUGCAACAUGUCACAGUGGGUACUUUUGCCUCUGCUGCUCACAAAACAUAUGAGCUCAGGAUACAGAAGGAAAAAAUUGUGUGGAGGACAGGAAAAACGGUAAAGAAAACUUUAUUCAUCCAAUAAGAUUAUCAUUUUUUCUGGAAUAUAAAAUCAGUAGAUCAGGACAAUAUAUAUAUAUAUAUUUAUAAACCUUUUUUUGUCAGGUCCCGACGUCGA